UCUCUCUCUCUCUCCCCAUUGUCUUCCCAGUGAAACCUAACCUCAGGCAAUCCUCUGACUCAUCUGGGGGAGGAGCUGCUCAGUACAGGGCAAACACUCCUAGUCGGCAGAGACUCCAUUUCGAGAAAAACAGCCAACACAGCCAACACGAUGAGAACAUGAGGCGGUUCAUGGCUGCCGUCCCUGAUCUGCAGCAGUGAGAGGAGGCCUGUGCCUUUUACCAGUGCCGUGAGUUUCCCCCCUGGGGAGGGACACCUGCCUGUACCUUUAACCAGUGCCGUGAGUUUUCCCCCUGGGGAGGGACACCUGCCUGUGCCUUUAACUGGUAUCAUGAGUUUCCCCCCUGGGGAGGGACACCUGGAAACCACACCUCCCCUCGCCGAAUGCACAGGCAGUGACAGCAAAGUUGGUCCAGGCCAAAGGCCAGGGUCCCCAGUGCCCAGCUGUGUGUCCAUGAAGAGUGACCGAUCCAUGGACACACCACUGAGAUUUAAAGACCAUGCACCCACUAGUGGUCCAGACCAAAGGCCAGGGUCCCCAGUGCCCAGCUGUGUGUCCAUGAAGAGUGACCGAUCCAUGGACACACCACUGAGAUUUAAAGACCAUGCAUCUACUAGUGGUCCAGACCAAAGGCCAGGGUCCCCAGUGCCCAGCUGUGUGUCCAUGAAGAGUGACCGAUCCAUGGACACACCACUGAGAUUUAAAGACCAUGCAUCUACUAGUGGUCCAGACCAAAGGCCAGGGUCCCCAGUGCCCAGCUGUGUGUCCAUGAAGAGUGACCGAUCCAUGGACACACCACUGAGAUUUAAAGACCAUGCAUCUACUAGCUGUCUAUCCAUGAAAAGUGACUUUUCAAUGGAAAAGCCGCCCAACAUGAGCGAGAGAAGGUCCUUGGAUGAACAAAGCUGUCUAUCCAUAAAAAGUGACUUUUCAAUGGAGAAGCCGCCCAACCUGAGAGAGAGAAGGUCCUUAGAUGAACAAAGCUUCCAUUCUGGUGUAGACUCCCACACACCGGACCACGACCGGACCAUGACAUCACCCGGUACCUCUCACCAUGACUCUGAGGAAGAUGUUCUGGUCAAGGCCAGAUCCUAUGAGGAGACAUUCCAAAUGAAACUCAAGUCCGUUCAAAGAACCAAACUGCAACAUGUCCUUGAGGAUCCUUCCAAUCCUGUUCUCCUGAGUGAGAUCUACACGGAGCUCUACAUCACAGAGGGGGAUGCUGGGGAAAUAAAUGAUGAACAUGAGAUCAGAGAGAUUGAGGCAGCAUCCAGAGGGAAUUUAGUAGCAGACGAUACACCCAUCAAGUGCAGUGAAAUCUUUAAGCCACUGCCAGGACGACAAUGUCAGUCCAUCAGAACUGUUCUCACAAAGGGCAUCGCUGGCAUAGGAAAAACCGUGUGUGUGCAGAAGUUCGUACUGGAUUGGGCUGAGGAGACGGCCAAUCAGGACAUAAGAUACGUAUUUCCACUUUCCUUCCGGGAGUUGAACUUACUGAAAACUGAGCGACUCAGUCUGGCCGAGCUUCUCCGUCACUUUGUUGGGGAUUUCAAAGAGCAGGUUUUGGACCAAAGCCGCCAAUUAUUAAUCUUUGAUGGCUUGGAUGAGUGUAGGCUUCCUCUGGACUUUGAGAAAAAUGAGAAACUCUGCAAACCAGCAAUGGCAGCCUCCGUGGAUGUUCUGCUCACGAACCUCAUCCAAGGAAACCUGUUUCCCUCUGCUCUCAUCUGGAUCACCUCGCGACCGGCAGCGGCUGGCCGUAUACCCCCAGGCUGUGUGGACCGGGUCACGGCAGUGCGAGGAUUUGGUGACCCUCAAAAGGAUGAAUACUUCAGGAAACGGAUCGGAAAUCCUGAUCUAGCUGAAAAAGUGAUUACACACGUUCUGUCACUAAGAAGUCUACACAUCAUGUGCCACAUUCCUGUCUUCUGCUGGAUUUCAGCCACUGUUCUACAGAGACUGUUGGAGGAAGCAGACGACUGUGCCGUUCCCAAGAAUCUGACACAAAUGUACACACACUUCCUGAUCAUUCAGACAGACGUCGUGAAAGCAAAGAAAUACACAGAGGCCACAGAUACAAGCCACAAAAUGAUCUUCAAACUGGGGAAACUGGCUUUCCAACAGCUGGAGAAAGGCAAUCUGAUCUUCUAUGAGGAAGACCUGAGAGAGUGUGGCAUUGAUGUCACAGAAGCAUCCGUGUACUCAGGAGUGUGUACUCAGAUCUUCCGAGAGGAGUCUGGGCUGUACCAAGGGAGGGUCUUCUGCUUUGUGCAUCUGAGCAUUCAGGAGUUUCUUGCAGCUCUGUACGUCCUGGUCAACUUUCACUCCGAAGGUUCUGAGCCACCCCAAAGCUCCAGCUUGGCUGGCCUGCUCACUGCACCAACCCUUUCAGACCUUCAGCAGACUGCAGUUGACAAAGCCUUGCAGCAGCCGAAUGGAAACCUGGACCUGUUUCUGCGUUUCCUUCUAGGCCUCUGUUCUAGUCCUCCUCAGUCCGACCAAACGCUCCUACAGUCUUUCCUGCCCCAUGUCAGGAUCACGUCAACCAGCGCCACUGGUGUCGUCGACUACAUCAAAACCAGGAUUAUGAUCAACCCCUCUCCGGAGCAGUCCAUCAACCUGUUUCAUUGCCUGAAUGAGCUGGAUGACCACUCCCUGGUGGAGCAGAUCCAGGCCUACGUGAGCUCCAGGCGGCUCUCCAAAGUCACCCUCACUCCAGAGCUGCGGUCUGCGCUGGUGUUUGUGCUGCUGAUGUCCAAGAGCAGUCUGGAUGUUUUUGAUCUGGGGAAAUACUGCGCACGUCCAUCGGAUAAGAGUCUGUUUCAGAUGCGGCCAGUGCUGAGAGAGUGCAGAAGAGCUGAACUUGCCUCCUGCAACCUAACGGAGAUGAGCUGUGAGACACUGGCCACAGUGAUAUGCUCACAGACCUCGCAUCUCCGGGAGCUUGACCUGAGUGACAACGACCUUCAGGAUCUUGGAGUAGCAUCUCUUUGCCAAGGCCUGGAGAAACCCAGCUGCAAACUAGAGAAACUCUGUUUGUCUAAGUGUGGUAUCAGAGCAAGAGGCUGCGAAUCCCUUAUGAUGGCUCUGAUACAGAAUCCCACUCAUCUGACUGAGCUUGAUCUGAGUCACAACGAACCGGGACCCGAGGGAAUGACUCUACUCUCCGAGGUGCUUCGGGACCCCCAGUGCCGUGUAGACAAACUGAAGUUAAUCAACUGCAACCUCAAGGAUCGAAGUUGUAAACCGUUAGCUAUGGCUCUUGGCUCAAAAACCUCAAGUUUAAGACUUCUUGACUUGAGUAACAACUUUAUAGCAGAUUCAGGUGUCAUUCAACUCUCACAUGGCUUAAGGAACAUCAACUGCAAACUGACUUCCCUGAGGUUGAGUAAAUGCGGUGUGAGAGGAGAAGGCUGCCACGCUCUGGCCUCAGCCUUAGGCUCAAACCCCUACCACUUAAGAGAACUCUUCAUCAGCUACAACAAGAUUGGAUUCCUGGGCGCCCAACAACUCGAAGCGGUGAAGUGGAACUCACAGAGCAAACUGGAAAAACUCAUGCUAUAGAAGUAUGGCAUUUGGCACUUUUUGGCAUUUACUUGAUAACUGCAAUCACAGCCGACUCAUCAUGGACACAUUCCUCACCAUGGAGAUCACAGCCGACUCAUCAUGGAUACAUUCCUCACCAUAGAUAUCACAGCCGACUCAUCAUGGAUACAUUCCUCACCAUAGAUAUCACAGCCGACUUAUCAUGGACACAUUCCUCACCAUAGAUAUCACAGCCAACUCAUCAUGGAUACAUUCCUCACCAUGGAGAUCACAAGCACUUUUUGCACAUAUCACAAUAGAUCUGUGCAGCACAAAAGACUGAGAUGGCAAAAUACCAUUGUUUUUAUCACCUGCUAAAGCUAAUUCUGUUUCAUUCUGCUAAUAAGGUAAUAGGAUAAUGACAUUUGUUUAUUUUACUUACACACCAUCAGGCCACUGGUGUUGAAACUCUUAUUAGUGGAAGAGUUCUACUGUAUACAUGCGGUGUGUCCUGCUUUACUUACGGUUUCAUCUUGCAAAACUUGUAUGGAAACAGUAGAUCAUGUGUUAUCAUGAAUAACACUGCGGCAGUGAUAUAUGUCCAUCUGACAGCUGUGAAGUGUCUCACAGUUACACUCCCCUCUCCAGUUGUUUUGCUUCAAUUGUUUUAUGUAUAUAUAGCAUAUGUACAAUUCACUGUAAAUAAAAUAUGAGUCAUACAUCUGA